AUGGAAAGUGUCAUCACCCAAGUGCAGAAAGAAGACGUCCGAGAAGCGCCGAGCAAAUCAGGGCGGGUGAGCAGGGCGAGUGUGAAGGAGCCUCGCAGCUGUAACCUCUGGAGGGCGCUGUUCUGCUGCCUCCGGCCUCAAGAUGGAGCCAAACCAACGGCCGCACCUCCACAGGCGCCGUCGCUACAGCCGCUGCUACAGGAGCCACAGCCCAACGGGGUCAUCCACAAGGAGCCGGAGCCCAGCCUCCUGCCCGAGAUGAAGGCCCAGGACCAGGGCAAGAUCUGUGUGGUCAUCGACCUGGACGAGACCCUGGUGCACAGCUCCUUCAAGCCGGUGAGUAACGCAGACUUCGUGGUCCCGGUGGAGAUCGAGGGCACCACGCACCAGGUGUACGUGAUGAAGAGGCCGUACGUGGACGAGUUUCUGCAGCGGAUGGGGGAGCUGUUUGAGUGUGUGCUCUUCACUGCCAGUCUGGCCAAGUAUGCAGACCCGGUGACAGACCGUCUGGACCAGUCGGGGGUGUUCCGGGCGCGGCUGUUCCGGGAGUCGUGUGUGUUCCAUCAGGGCUGUUACGUCAAAGACCUGAGUCGUCUGGGCCGAGACCUGAGCAAGACCCUGAUCCUGGACAACUCUCCCGCCUCCUACAUCUUCCACCCCCACAACGCGGUCCCAGUCCUGUCUUGGUUCGAUGACCUGGAGGACGCUGAGCUGCUCAACCUUCUGCCGGUGUUUGAGGAGCUGAGCCAGGCCCAGGACCCACGAGGACCGCAACAGCCACGAGGACCGCAACAGCCACGAGGACCGCAACAGCCACGAGGACCGCAACAGCCACGAGAGGACCGCAACAGCCACGAGGACCGCAACAGCCACGAGGACCGCAACAGCCACGAGGACCGCAACAGCCACGAGGACCGCAACAGCCACGAGGACCGCAACAGCCACGAGGACCGCAACAGCCACGAGGACCGCAGCAGCCACGAGGACCGCAACAGCCACGAGGACCGCAACAGCCACGAGGACCGCAACAGCCACGAGGACCGCAACAGCCACGAGGACCGCAACAGCCACGAGGACCGCAACAGCCACGAGGACCGCAACAGCCACGAGGACCGCAACAGCCACGAGGACCGCAACAGCCACGAGGACCGCAACAGCCACGAGGACCGCAACAGCCACGAGGACCGCAACAGCCACGAGGACCGCAACAGCCACGAGGACCGCAACAGCCACGAGGACCGCAACAGCCACGAGGACCGCAACAGCCACGAGGACCGCAACAGCCACGAGGACCGCAACAGCCACGAGGACCGCAACAGCCACGAGGACCGCAACAGCCACGAGGACCGCAGCAGCCACGAGGACCGCAGCAGCCACGAGGACCGCAACAGCCACGAGGACCGCAACAGCCACGAGGACCGCAACAGCCACGAGGACCGCAACAGCCACGAGGACCGCAACAGCCACGAGGACCGCAACAGCCACGAGGACCGCAACAGCCACGAGGACCGCAACAGCCACGAGGACCGCAACAGCCACGAGGACCGCAACAGCCACGAGGACCGCAACAGCCACGAGGACCGCAACAGCCACGAGGACCGCAACAGCCACGAGGACCGCAACAGCCACGAGGACCGCAACAGCCACGAGGACCGCAACAGCCACGAGGACCGCAACAGCCACGAGGACCGCAACAGCCACGAGGACCGCAACAGCCACGAGGACCGCAACAGCCACGAGGACCGCAACAGCCACGAGGACCGCAGCAGCCACGAGGACCGCAGCAGCCACGAGGACCGCAACAGCCACGAGGACCGCAACAGCCACGAGGACCGCAACAGCCACGAGGACCGCAACAGCCACGAGGACCGCAACACACACUGCGCUUGA